AUGACGCAAAUUGUGAAAUGUAAUGCGUGCAAUAUAGUGAUCGACGAAAUGCUAUCGUACAUUCAAAAUAAGGUGUCGGUGAUAGAUGAGGAAACGUUGAAAAUUAAGCGCAAAAACAAGGGUAAAGAAGAACGAGAUCUCGUGGACAUUGUGAAUGUAUUUAAAUCUAUGGAACCAGAUCUUUUCCCGAUUUACGUUGCGAGAGAUCUGGACAGAUUACCACCCCUAGUUUAUGACCAUUUUGAUUGUAGUAAGAUAUUAAAAGACUUACUAAAAGUUCAAACUGAAAUUAACGAUCUAAAGGCGACAUAUGUGACAAAAAAUGAAUUAAGCGAUCUAAAAACUGAACUAUUGUUAUUGAAAAAUAACUCGUUAACUCCUUCAGUAUCGAAUGUAAACACAAAGCGAGGGGGAUGGAUGUUGGAUAGCGAUCCUGUUGGACUCAUUAAUAUGACCAAUUCUUCGUUAUCUGAAACCAAUAAUAUCAAUAUUGGGAAUGAAAGUACCAAAAUAGGAUACGAAAAUAAUUCGAAACAGUGCAAAGAUAUUUCGUACAAAGGCACAAUGAGGGUAGAUACGAAACAAAACGAGUGUGAAUCAGCUGUGUGUCAACAGUCGUUAUUAUCAAAACCGGUCAGCGAUGGCGAACUACGUGUAGCGGGGAUAAAGAGGCCUACGCACACAAGUGAAACACCAGUGCCCGCGACGGCAACUGAUUGUGGGCCGACAAAUCAGCUGAUCACAACACAAUUAGUUAAAGGUAGCGAGCCAUCAGAUAAUGAUAAUGAUAACGGAUGGCAGAGGGUAUCUAAACGCCGAAAACCUAUGAAAUACAGAUAUAUAGGCAAGGCAGGCAGUUGCAGAGAUAACGAAGGAAAAUUCAAAGCCGUGGACAAAAAAGUGGCCAUUUUUAUCACUAAAAUACAUAAAGAUACAACAGAAAAUGACAUAAUCGAUUAUGUGUACAGAAAAACACAAGAAACUAUUAUUUUAGAGAAAAUCUCUUUUGCAUUCGAGAGUGACUAUAAAGCUUAUAAAUUCCAUGUUUUAGAACACAAAUCGUCCAUAUUCCUAGAUAGCAACCUAUGGCCACAGGGUAUUAUAUUUAGGAAAUUUGUGAACUUCAAAGGGAAAAAACAAAAAAAUACGAACGGUGACAUUAACGCUGUGAUCGGUACCAAUACAUCUCAAUAA